AUGGAUCCGCGCAGCUUGCAGCUCCGCAACGAGGGAACUGAUCAGUUCCUCAAGCUUAUCGCGGAUCCCUUUCAAUCUGCUUUUACAGUGAGCGCUCUGUGGGCCUCCCUGGGCACUUCCAUCGGUAUAUCCAUCCUCCUCACCGCAACGUUCUCCCUCUUUCGUCCCCGUCACUCGCUCGUCUAUGCCCCAAAGGUCAAGCAUGCAGAUCAACAACACGCUCCGCCCCCAGUGGGCAAGGGCUUCUUCGCCUGGAUCAAGCCCGUCAUCAAAACCCGCGAGGCACAUUUGGUCGAUACUGUGGGCUUGGACGCGGCCAUUUUCCUGCGCUUCACGAAGAUGCUGCGCAACAUCUUUAUCUUCAUCAGUAUCAUUGGCUGUCUGGUCAUGAUCCCAGUCAACAUCGCCGAAAGUCAAAAUAACGAUGAUACUUCGGCCUUGUCCGCACUCACGACCAUGACGCCUCUUUACGUUAAUGCCAAGGCUAUUUGGAGUCAAGUCGCGUGCGCCUGGGCCUUUGAUGCCAUCAUUGCAUUUUUCCUCUGGCGAAAUUACCGCGCGGUGCGAACGCUGCGGAGACAGUACUAUCAGAGCAGUGAUUAUCAGCGAAGUCUGCAUGCGCGGACUCUCAUGAUUACCGACAUUCCCCAGCCAGACCGGUCCGACGAUGGUAUUCUGCGAAUCACCGACGAAGUCAACACGACCGCCACCCUCCCCCGCGCUGCUAUCGGACGCAAUGUCAGGGAUUUGCCCAGAAUCAUCAAAGAGCACGAGGAGCAUGUGCGGCAAUUGGAGUCGGUACUCGCAAAGUAUCUCAAACGCCCGAACCAACUGCCUGCAAAACGGCCAAUGAUGCGCCCACCCCGAAGUCAGCGCAACAAGCACCCCGAUGGAAAGGUGGACACCAUCGAUUACCUGACAGUGCGCAUCCGCGUACUGGAGGAGGAAAUCAAGCAUGGUCGGGCGUCCAUCGACCGAAGAAACGCUAUGCCUUAUGGAUUUGCAAGCUGGGAGAACAUACAGCAUGCCCACGCCGUGGCGUGGACUGCGCGCCGGAAACAUCCAAAGGGCACUACGAUUGCUCUCGCUCCGCGCCCUAGUGAUCUCAUUUGGGAGAAUCUGCCUCUUUCCAAGCAAUCUCGCAAAUGGAAGCGAUUCAUUAACACUCUCUGGGUCACCCUGCUGACUGUGGUAUGGAUUGUUCCUAACGCGCUCAUCGCUGUCUUCCUGGCCAACUUGAACAACUUGGGUAAAGUCUGGCCCAGGUUCAUGACUUCGCUUGUGGCCCAUCCCGACAUCUGGGCUGCGGUGCAGGGUAUUGCUUCUCCGGCCGUCACCUCGCUCGUGUACCUUCUGCUUCCAAUCAUCUUCCGACGUCUAUCUGUUCAGGCUGGUAGUAAGACCAAAACUUCUCGAGAACGUCAUGUCUUGGGCCAGUUGUAUGCCUUUUUUGUCUUCAACAAUCUGAUUGUCUUCUCGCUCUUCUCUGCUGCGUGGACUUUCGUGUCGAGCGUGAUUGAUAAGACUAACCACAACGAGAAUGCUUGGCAGGCCAUCGUGGACAGUCAGCUCUACACUCAGCUGAUGAGUGCUCUGUGCACGAUUUCGCCUUUUUGGAUCACUUGGCUCCUUCAGCGGAACCUCAGUGCUGCCAUUGACCUGGUACAGAUGGUCACCUUGGCUUGGGUCUGGUUUGCCAAGACCUUCCUCUCGCCUACUCCUCGACAGUCUAUCGAGUGGACAGCACCUCCACCGUUCGAUUACGCCAGUUACUACAACUACUUCCUCUACUACGCUACAGUUGCCUUGUGCUUUGCCACCCUGCAGCCCAUCGUGCUUCCAGUGACUGCUCUGUACUUCGGUAUUGACGCCAUACUGAAGAAGUACAUGCUGAUGUAUGUCUUUGUGACGAAGAAUGAGUCUGCUGGUGCUUUCUGGCGUGUUUUGUUCAACCGUAUGAUCUUCGCGACCAUUCUUGCCAACGUCAUUGUUGCUCUGGUUGCCAAGGCGAAAGGCAAUUGGACACUGGUGUUCUGCGUCAUUCCACUGCCGUUCCUGAUGCUGGGUUUCAAGUGGUAUUGCUCGAGGACGUUCGAUGCUGACAUCGACUAUUACAACCGUGCCGAUCUUUCUGAUGCCGAAGCUCUUGGCGUCUCCAAUUCUGGCAAGAAGGCUGCCGACCGGCUGAGCUCCAAGUUCGGCCACCCGGCCCUCUACAAGAAACUCAUGACUCCUAUGGUACACGCCAAGGCCGCAGAGGCAUUAAAGCAGAUCUACCAGGGCCGUCUUGACCACAGCGACAUGGCAGGCGAGUACUCAGACAUUGCCAUGGACCCCAUGUCGGCCUCCCAGCCUGGCAAGGCCGAGCCUGCACCGUUCGAAGUCGUCCCGGAAAACCACCUCGACUUUUCCUACUUCAAGAACCGCGCCGACUUCCGCGAUGAGUUUGGCGGAGGAAUCUACGGCCGCCCGGAAGAUCUCAUGACCGAGCGCUCGCAUACACCUCGCAGCCACCUAGGCGGCGAAUGGUCACCGAGCUCAUCUCGAGCCUCGUCUCCCGCCCCAUCCCUUCCCUCAAUGUCUGGCCUCAAGAUGCACGAAGGCCACAUAGACCCCCUACCCUUCCGCGUCCCUAUCUCAAGAGAAAACAGCAAUGGCCCCAUCGGAAAUGGUCUCUACCAGCCCGACGAAGCCGAGACCGGACUUUUGAGCUCCGCUCAAGUUCCCGCACAUACAGACCCGACUCCACUCGGACGCUGGAAUACCGGUGGAUACGGACCUGUCGAGCAGGACGAGGAUCCAUACAAUACCUCGUACGAGCACUACCGGACCCCGCGGUAG